AUGGAAACCAUUACAAAUGCCUUUGAAAUCCGAACCACUGAAGUAUGUUUGAAACGUUUGGAUAAUCGGAAAGGAUCUCAUUGUGUAAUUGCCGAGGCCUUGUCAAUUGCAUCACAUUUUUCUUACGUUCAGAACAAUUGAAUUUUUCUUUUUAAAUUUCCAGGUGCGAUCGAACUCUAUGAUCUUCUCCGGGAUGCCCCGCAUUUCUUUUCUUUCUUACCUCCCCGUCUUUUCCAGUGUAAUAAACGCACGGUACGGUGCAUUUGGAGGUUAGAGGCGGUACAGUUUGAGAGCAGAGGGUUUGUUUGCAGAGGUUAUGACCAAAGUAUUAAUGAAAUUGUAAGAAAUCGAAGGGCACGCGAGGGAUGACUAAUAGUUGACUUGUUGGCGAAUGGGCGGUUGUUACCGGUAUACCGGCUUUUUAGGGAACAUGAUUUUUGGACACUGUCGUAUUUAUUUAUAGUUUUCAAUGCAGAAGUCUCAUGUUUCAAAAAAAACGUGAAUUCGUCAUAUAAAACGUCUCUAUAUUUCAUCUAAUGGGUAAGAUAAAAUAUUCUGAUAUCACCGGAAUCGGUCAUUCGAGUUUCUCUGUGCGUACGAAAAUUCGCACGUGAAGGACAACAUUACACUGCCUUCUCGCUAUGAUUUGAUCCGAUUGCACUGAAUGAAGUGCAAUGGAAACUUCGGGAAAGUCGGAGAAAACCCAUAUGAUCACUCAAGAGGGAUUUGGCAAAAAAUAUGCAAAUUCUGCAGAUUUACGAUACUUUUUAUGCUGUGACGGACCGUAAGGGUAUUUAAGGAGCGUUUAACAGCUGUUAUAUUAUAUUUCCAUUUCAAGUAGCGUACCGCUUUAUACUUUAGCUUUAAAGCUCCAAACGAGUAGUACUGUAAAUAGUAUUGGGAAAUAAUCCGGCCGAAAACGAUUUUCAAUGGUCAUUUGUCGGGGAACGAGUCGGCCACUCUUUCCUCAUCACUCUUUACCCAAAAAACUGAUUUGCAAACAUCGCAGUUUUAAAUACUUUCCGGUUACUCUUUUGUCUAUUGUUACUGAGACAAGGGAGCUGAAAGAGAUCGGAAAGUGACUUCAAAGAACGCCCACCGGCUCGGAGGUUGUUCGCUGUUGUUAUGGGUACAAUUUACAGUGUCAUUAGGAAAGGCGGGUUUUUACAUUAGCUCUGUCCUGAAACAUAAUCCUAUAAAUGAGAGAUCUUGAACGCCCACUGGUAUGUGUAUAGUGAAAGUUUGAGCUUUUUUACUGUUUUGGUGGAUCGUAUCCUCCUUUAUAAUAUAUAGGUUAGUUCAAUGCUUUUUUAAAACUAAUCUUCACUAUCCGUCUAUAUGAGUGCAUUGAACUUGCAGGGUUCGCUUGAAAGUUGUAAAAACUCAAGUGGCUAAAAAAUUUUAUUAUCUCGCGAACUUUACCAGUCACUUGCUGGUGCUUUUUGUUUACUCAAACGAAACUUCUGGAUGACAAAAACGACUGAACUCGCCGUGCAUAUGACAUGUAGAUAGCAAUCCCAAUGCACUCAUUGUUCGAUCAUACGCUUUGUAUGUGUUAUCAGAGCAACGGUUUCCGUUUGAUCUUCAACUUUAGUUGUGACUAGAUGGGAAUCGUCAUAUUCACAUGUUUUUGACAAGGAAAGUACUUCUAUGGGGUGUGGAAUUACCGAUCGAGAUAUAUAUCAAAAAAUUCGCAAAAAUUUUCUGAUUCAGAAUAUAUAUAAAUUAGCUGCCUAAUUUUGGUCUGAUGACAUGUUUUUGUCCUCAGAAGUUUUCUCGCGACACAAUGCAAGUGUCUUUUUGACCGUGUUUUUACCAAUAAAAAAAAUUUGUUUUGUGCUAAAAUAAAUUUUGAGGCCUUGACAAGCCUUAAAAUAUCAAAUUGGAUUACAACUACACCUUAAAAGUAGUUCUAAUGUAAAAAAUGGGUUCUAGUGUGGCAAAAGGAAUCGAACCCGUCCCCUUCGGAUUCCCAAUCUAGCGCUCUAACCACUCGGCCACACCGCUCUCUUCCGAAGGAAGAGACCGAGCGCGCUUUUGUUGCCGUAGAUUUUUUUCCUCGAGAAAUACAUUCAUCGAUAAAACUCGUUGAUAGACCAAAAUUAGGCAGCUAAUUUUUAUAUAUUCUGAAUCAGAAAAUUUUUGCGAAUUUUUUGAUAUAUAUCUUGACCGGUAAUUCCACACCCCAUAGAAGUACUUUCCUUGUGAGACCAAAUAUAAAUAAUACAGUUGUCUUCUGCACAAGUACCAGUAAAAGUUUAGAGCCGUCUAUUUUUCCACUGUCCUAAUUCUAUGGGCAGAUUGGUAAGCACUCAGGCAACGAACCUUCGACGUGAUUGUAGAAAUUGCAAGAAUUUAUGACUUUGAUAUUCAAACCUCUGAUUUCAGAGCAAAAUUUUAUUCUGUAAAGGACCUUUGACAUUUCUGUUUCUGCUGACAUGGACAAGAACUUUACGUCUUUUGUUAUUUUUUCAGACAUGUCUGCUCAAAAUCCCUUUGAUCAUCAGUCAAAAAGCGCCGGCCAGAUUUGAACUCAUCUCCUGACCUAUCAAGCUUUUAUCUGUUUUUGUUUUUGAAAGGAAUGGCAUGAUGAUAGGCUUUGUUUUGUCUACAAUGCCUUAUCGCAUCCAUUUUUUCGUAAUUAGCAUUGUUUCUGAGUGCAAUGCGCCCUCAGGUUCCGGGUGUGUUAUCAGAAGACGGGAAAACAUUUGGUGUUUGUUUCUUUGGUGUUUCGGGAAUUGAUAGCAUCUUUGUCAGGGAAAAUGAUACAGUAUAAUAGCUAUAUCGUAUUAGAAGUUGAGUUUUUUGGGAGCAUUAUUGACUCUGGGUUGAGGAGUUUUGGUUGAGUUAGAAACCAUCAAGUUUGUUAAUCUCACGUACUUCAGCACGAAUGGUUUUCACUACUUUUUGAUUGGUUUUUAGCCCGUAGACCUUCAAUCUACCGUACAUUCCUUAUUAAACUUUAUUACACUCAAAUUGCUAGGUCAUAUGAAGUGUAGUUUAGGUGUAACCAACUUAUUCUCGGUGCAGCAGUCUUUCCGGUCCCGGCAAUCUUUGAUCCCCUUGCCCCGUUACUGUCUCGACAUUACACUAAGAAAACCGUUGAUUUUGUGUGGCCUGCAAUAUUAAUUUUUUCAUUUUGGAAAAACGAACUUUGUUACACCUGAAAAUAUUGUUUUUGUAGAAGACUAAUUUUACGAAUUGAUCGAUAAAACUGUUUAUUUUUGCUCAAGGCUUUCGAAUUUUCUAGACAUUUUCCGCCAAAAAAUUAUCUUUAUCGCUGUUUACAAAAUUUUUUCUUUGUAUCUUUUUCCUAUCAAGCCGUGUUUCCCCAUAUUCUUGUGACGUCAUUUUUUACAAAGCGAUUUGACCUUGUCAAAUUAAAAAACAGAUUCGUUUUUGAUGUUACAGUACCACCAAGUAAAACUUUUUCUCGUCAAAACAUCGCCUUCCGUGAUUUUCAAUAUUUUUUUGGGAGAGAAAAAGAAGAGGGUGUCGCCUAAAUUAUGUUCCGCCAAAAAGGGGUGUCGCUUGGGCUCCUCAAUUCAAAUUUGAAAGCUUUAUAAACCGGGGAUGGCUUCGUAAGAUCAUAGACAAGGUCUGGGGAUCUGCCAGCGCCUUACAGUUAAAGGAACCGUAGUUGCAAAGUAAUCGUCCCUCUAGAAAAAUCUUUGGGCGUCUUUUGCUAAAUUAGAAGGGUUACAGGGAGUUUAAAGUAUGAUGCUAUACUUCGCAACGUGCAUUCUCAAAAGAUUUAUUAUUAUUCGUAAUUGUCCUUUGAAAAUCUAAUCUUAAGGUUACCUUUGUAAAAAAUGUUGACACUCUUUUCGAGUAUUUUUCACGGGUUUACAGUAAGAUUCCGGCGGUUUGAUGAUCUUAUGCUUAUAUGGCCGUAUUUUCAGUAAACCGAAUCCAAGACGAGAGCCGGCUCGUCUCUAAAUCCACCAUGCCUCCAGUUGAUAUCUCCGCCAACUCUCAGGACACUCUGCAAACUCCCCGGAUUGGUCAAGGUCUUCCAGUUACAACCACAACAACUCUUCCUGGCUUACAGAUAAAUUUGGAAGAUCCAGAGAAGCCACAGAACAGUGAACCUUCCACACGGAGCACUUCAAUCCUAAGCUCGGAUAAGUCCCUCAAUGAAGCAGAAACGGCAGGAUUCUUCUGUUGUGGCAGAACCCGGUAUAUCGUGAUGUUGGUAUCGAUUCUCUGCUUAUCCUCGGUGAUUGCAAACUCUUUGGCCUUGAAUUUCACAGUAAUUUGCAUGAAAUGCACCGACAGCUCAAAUGGAACCGGUAAGUCUUAAACAAAAAGAUUAUAUCCCCGGAAUUUCAGAAUUGUUGGACAUUAGAUCACCAAUUAUGGUGUAAGAUUUGAAUUUAUUUUUUAAUCUAACUUUCACCAUUUCAGAAAUCAAAAGAGACAUGUUCACAGACUUUGAGAAGAGUUGGCUCUACUCAGCGAUCGCUAUGGGAACGAUCUUGGGAACAUUCCCCAUCACCUACUUGACCUCUACUCUUGGUGUGAGGAAAACAUUCACCAUGUAUGGGGGUGUUUCUGCCAUCGCCACGCUGUUAACACCAUUGGCUGCUGAAGCCGGAUUCUUCGCCGUGUUCUUGGCACGAUUUAUGCAGGUAAGAUUGAUUAGUAAUAUUUUUUAUAAACAAAAUUUUCCAAUUACUUUCUCUUCAAGGGCUAACUUUUCAGCAAUGCUUCUAGCUUUCGAUCGUAAAUUUCUAUAAUAAUGUUAAUCAAUUUAAUAAUUGCGUUGCAUUAUGAACGCAUGACGAAACGACCUAGUUUUUAGUUUGUGUAAUUGAUAAGAGCUUAUCGAGUAUUCACGAAAGGACGUCAUAAUCGCAUUUUUUGGAGUUUAGAGGGCCAGGAUUUGCGUGGGGGUUGUAAAUUUAGAUAUAUUAAGCAUUUCUCUGGAUGAAACUAAUUAAUCCCACAUUUUCAGGGCUUUGCUGUGGCGACAUCAUGGCCAGCAAUGGGAUCGAUCAUCGCCGAUUGGGCUACCUGGAAGAGAAGUGGGACUUACGUCGCCUAUUUGUCAUGCCACCUCCAGUUCGGCCCCAUGUUAUCCAUGUUUUUGGGUGGAAUGUUCUGUCACAGUGAGGUUGGCUGGGCCGCGUUGUAUUACCUACUCGGAGGGCUGACGAUUGUGACAUUUUCUCUUUUUUACGGGUUCUACAGAGAUUCUCCAACUAUUCAUAAGUAAGUGAAGUGAAGGCUGUUUCUGGCUAGUAUUAUUAUGUUAUUUCAACUUAUUUUUGAGGUCAAUGAACUUUGCUUUUUUACAGAAAUGUCUCGUCGAAGGAAUUGAAAACAAUUACCAAGAACAAAACAACCUACGCUCCUCAACGAAAUGGCUCGGUCAAGAUUCCUUAUAAGGCGAUCUUUACGGAUUGGACUGUGAUCGGAAUCUUGAUGACCUGCUUCAGCUCCAACCUUGGCUAUUUGAUCUUCAAUCAGUACGGACCCGUCUAUCUGAACAAAGUCCUCGGAUUCGAAGUCAAAAAGACCGGAAUGGCCACAGCCCUCCCUUACAUCAUCGGAACUUUCGUCAAGAUCCUGGCUGGUCCUUGCAGUGACAGCGUUCCUUAUUUGGGCAACCGAGGACGAGUCAUCCUUUUUGCGACGGUUUCUCAGUUCCUGAUGGGCGCUUGCUUCGUGGCCUUGGCUUUCUGUCCAGCCGGAAUGCCUGAGCUGGCUCAAGUUUUCUUCACUUCGGCCAUGGUUUUCAGCGCUUUGAACUGUGUGGGAGUCUCGAAGUGCACUCAAUUGGUAAGAGUUUGAUAGUUUUUACUGAGUUGUAUGUAUUUAUAACUAAUUACUAUUAGUCAAAGAUGCAUGGGCUCGGUUCUAAAUUGAACUGUUGUUGUGUAAUAUAAAUGAAUUUCAGAUCUCCGGUCGAUAUGUCCACUUCCUAAUGGCCCUCAACUCAUUCACUAACAGCACAAUUGUACUGAUUCUCCCAUUUGUGAUCGAGUUUUUGGCCCCCGACAACACUCGCGCUCAAUGGACUCGCGUUUUGGUCGGGAUUACGGUAAUUGUUGUCAGCUUUACAUUGGUGUUCGAUUUCAACGCCAAAGGAGAACCACGGCCUUGGGCAAUUGAAUCGUCCGUGACCAGUGACCCCAUCAAAGUCCCGACCAUCUCCAACGCCUGUUUGGUUGAGUUGGAUGCAAAUCACUUGACCAAGUCAGAAAAGGAUGCGGAGUUACAGUAA